CCUACAACGUAUGCACUUCCUUUUGGCCUGAUCCGUAACAAGUUCUUUUUAUGAAUAUCGUCGUUGCAUUGAUCAUCGGGUCUUCCAUCUUAACCGAAUCCGUGACUUUGAUUAAUGCCCGUCCUAACAACGCAUCUCACUAAUCACAACUACCACACACCAUACUCGUAUCCACUUUCAUACCAUCCACCUCCGCUGCUGCGAUCGUUCAUCCUUUGGACCUAACAGCACAAGUCCGCACUAAACCGACUAAACAUUUGCAGUAAUUACUACUGCCCCUCUUCAUUCAUACACACAACUUCUCCUCGUCAAUCGUAAUUGCCUACUCCCGUCGACAAGCAGCCAGCCGGUGUGCGCGUGUGAAAACUCGACAGGUCAUUUCCACUCUCCUACUCGGCAGCGUUCCCCUCCUGUUUCCAAAAUGUCUCUCCAGCCUGCGGCCGAUGUUCCACUUCUGAUUACCUCCUCCAACUCCUCGUCCGAGCGUAGGAUCAGUCCAUCGUGGACUAUAGCCCAUCUCAAGGCUCGCCUCGAACCCAUCACCGGUGUCCCCGCCGGCAGCCAGCAACUUACUCUGCGUGUAGGCUCCCAGGAUGCGGUUGCUAUUACCUCUAGCAAUGAGGAGCAGACGCAGCUUUCGGCCUUUUCUCUGCAGCCUUACGCAGAGAUAAGUGUUCUCGACACUCGACCACCAGGCGCUCGCACCGACUACUCUGACUUAUCAUCAGUGGAGAAGUACAUAAUGCCAGCUGCAGAGUAUGAGACUAGAACAGACAGCGUUCUCGCUUGGAAGAAAUCACAGAAACUUGGUCGCUUCGAUCCAAAUGCACCCACUAUUGAGCAGCAGAAGAUACUUGCUUACGAACGCGAGAUAGAAGAGAGAGGUCUCACACUCUCUUCUCGCGUACGCUUACUACCCGAAUCCGACGCUCGUCGAGGAACGGUGUCCUACCUUGGCCUCGUCCCCGAGAUUCCCGGCCUAGGCGCAUGGGUGGGCAUCACUCUGGACGAACCUACAGGCAAGAACGACGGCUCGGUUAAAGGCAAACGAUACUUUGAGUGCGGCAACAACUAUGGUGUUUUCGUACGGCCGGAACGAUGUGAAGUCGGCGAUUUCCCCGCUCUCGAUCUUGGUGACGAGGAUCUGGAGGAAUUGUGAGCAGAUAGAGUAAUUUGGGCGAGUUGAUACCUGCAUCAAGGGAGACGGGAUCGUUUGAUCAAGCUCGUCUUCCCUCGACCUUCACAUCUUGUUCAACAAUUGCGUUGAACGGUGGACUGGUGCGGCGUGGUGUUCCUGCGGCGCAGUCACUCUCAUGGCUUUGUCUGCGGGGGAACGGCACUCACAAGGCAGUUCAGUAGAACAAAGAAACCUUCAAUCUACAAGGAUGAAAAACUCCGCUGUGCUAAUAC